UCCGGGCGGAUAUUUCCUCAAUUGGGUUCGAUGAGAUGUGGUAUUCGUUGCCCUUAGCACAGGUUGGCGAUGUUCUUGCGAUGCCUGUUCCUUCCAGUUACAAUGAUGUCACAGAAGACCGCUGGCUUAGGGACUUCGUUGGCUGGGUGUGGUAUGAGAAAGUCUUUUAUGUGCCAUCAUCCUGGAAAUCGACCUCCAAAAGAGUGGUCUUGCGCUUCGACAACGUAUUUUAUCGUUGUAAAGUGUGGUUGAAUAGCAAAGAGAUACUGGAACACGAAGGAGGAGACUUGCCCUUUGAGGUUGACAUUACGCACCAACUUGAUAGCUUUGCUAGAGAUUCACACAGACUGACAGUGGCAGUGAAUAAUACAAUAAGUCAACCAAGAAAAGUAAAGGCUAGUAGGAGCUCAAGUUACUGCGAUUCAACAAGUGAUCAGUUGACAGAAGUCGACUUCGCCGGAAUCCACGGCUCAGUUAAACUCUACACCACUCCGGAAGUGCAUUUAACAGACAUCUCUGUAUUUACGGAACACACUUACACCAGAGCCAUACUCAAAUUCGUCACAGAGGUCGCAGCCUACAAUCACGUCAAAUCAAAAGACAUUAUCAUGAGUUAUGAGCUGCUCGACAGGAAGGGAAGGGUGGUGUCAUCUGCGGGUGGGGAGGGGAUGUUCAGUGGGAAGGUCACAGUGUUUUUCCCAACCUUGUGGUGGCCCAUAGGUAUGAGUGACAAGCCUGGUUAUCUGUACAAUCUCAAGGUUAUCACGUCUUAUAAAGGAAUUAAUGAUGUCUACAAUCUUCCGGUGGGCUUCAGGACCGUCCGAGUAGAGGGCUCAAGGAUCCUCAUCAAUAAUGUUCCAUUGUACUUAAAGGGGUUUGGAAAAAGGCAGGAUAGUGACAUUCGUGCUCGAGGUUUUGAUUAUGCCACCUUAAUUAGAGACUUCAAUCUGAUUCAGUGGUUUAGCGCCAACUCCAUCCGCACAAGUGAACACCCACCACCCGAGGAGCUUCUGGAACUUACAGACAAAUAUGGAAUUAUGGUCAUCAACGAAAGCCCAACUGUGGCACCCAAAGAAGUGUAUCAAGACCAUAUUACAGAGCAUGCAGUCAACCGCCAUGUUGACUUGCUGUCAGAGUUGAUACAACGGGAUAAGAACCACCCAUCUGUAGUGAUGUGGUCUGUAGCAAGCCAUUCAGUAACAGUGCGCAGUGGGAACAUUGAUUCACAUUUAAAACGAAUGAUGGACUUCACACGAGAGAUGGAUUUACAGAAACGGCCUGUUACGUACGUCACCUCUUCAUAUGACAAGUUGAUGAUUAUGGAAGAUCCUGGGCUUCAAUUCUGUGACGUCAUUUCUUUCAAUCGUCACUACGGUUGGUAUUGGUACCCAGGCCAACCCUCGUUGAUUUCGAAGUCUCUAGAGGAGGACCUGCGUGGCUUACAUAAUGUGUUUGGUAAACCAGUUCUCAUGGCCGAAUAUGGCAGCAGCGCUGUUUCCGGGAGACACAAGAAACCGUCUGUGCUAUAUACCGAAGAGUAUCAGGUCGACACAAUGAAACAAUAUUUCCCAGUAUUUGAUCGACUCAGGAAAGAAUUUCUGGCAGGAGAAAUGAUCUGGACUUUAACAGACUACAACGUUCUAGAAUCUUAUGACACCAUGUCAACUAACACGAAGGGACUCUUGACGCGUCAAAGACAACCAAAGGCUUCUGCGCACGCUCUUCGGCAGAGGUAUCAAGCCUUGACAGUGGACACGCAUCCAAGGUUUACUGGUGAUCAGUUGCUGGAUGUCCUUAUUAGAUUCAAGCCUCACGAAGGAGACAAGUUCCCCAUCGCCAUCCACAACAGACUACCUGCUUUGAUAAGAGAAGAAAGAGUAAAUACAACAAUACGGAAACGCUCCUUGAACGAGAUAAUGACAUACUACGAACCGUGAUGACCGGGUCAACGAAGUGUUUUAUUUGAAAAUGACUCACGAGGGACUCAUAUGUAGUGACAUUUUCCCAUAUGAUACUCGUGGUAAAACUCAUUCAAAAAUGUACAUGAAUUUAGGUGCGAAUUUUUUAUUAGAGAGAGUUGGUCAUUAAGGUGAAAAAAAGGGGUUGGUCAAAACAUUUUGGACUUAGGCUUUACACUCAAAUUGGCAAAGAGAGCCACAUAUUUCCAUCUUCCAGCUGCAUCGUGUAUGAUUAUGGUGACUAUUUAAAAAUAUUCAAUUAAGUAUUCGAUUCCCGUCCAAAAGCAUUUAAAGUUAUGCAACAAAUGCCCUUGUUCG